UCCGACAAGGCCGACAAGUAGAUAGAUAGACAGAUAGAAGUGGUGCGAAAGCGGUUAAAAGCGCAACAAACUGGAAAGUUUUUGGUCAAGAAAAUUCGCAAAGCUUUUGCAAGCCAAUAUGCAGUGCCAAUAGAUACUCGGAAAGUAAAAGAAGGCCAGUGGCAGUCGGUUUUGUCAAAGCACCGCGUAGACAACGCUAACGUUCGGAUGUACAUCGAAAUUUCGUGCUAUUUUUAACUGAUUUUCAUUGCUGCCGGGAAAGUGCCGCGGAAGUGGAUACAAGUGUUUCUGAAAGUGUAGAAUAUUUUGCUGCUACAACGUACAAAGUAGCGAUACAACGUUACCUCAACAUAAAUGCUAGAGUAACAGUCACGCGACGCGUGCCUACGUGACGUCAUUCGCAAAUCAAGAGCGAACCAAAUUUGUGCGGUGUGUAAACUAGCUAGGAAAUAUGAUACACAAUAGCCAUAUAAUGAGCGCUUAAAGUUGUGACUAAAUUAAACAAAAAGUUAUAUUACAAUCGAAAGUAAAACGUAAACAUCAGUUGCCGCUCUUUCCACAAGUUUAUUUAAUAAAGUUGCAAAAAUGCAGACCGAGAAAUUUUUAUUAACACGCUUUGCUCGGACUUGUUUGCGUUUGAUUCAAACGCAACAAAAACAAACAUGCCAACAACAAUCACUAUUGUCACAGUUAGAAAAACAACGUAAACCGUUUCACGUAUUAGGAGGCAUCAAACUUGAUAUCAACACUAUUUUCACUGCCAAUACCGGCAAUGUUGCCGGUGACUUUUCUCAGCGGCGAUACCAGCAUUACCUCCUCCCUCGCUUCCAAAACAAGCAACCAAACAGCCAUAGUAACUUCCGUCUUAGUAACUUAGUAAGUUGCUACAAUAAUGACAACAACAACAACAACAAUGUCAACUUCCGUCAGCAGAAAGCCAAUAUUUAUACGCAAUCUACGACACCGUUGCGGGGUAAAUAUCCCACUGAUACGGUACAUGAGCCCCUGUGCUCGGAACGCGCACGUGAAUUGGUUUACAAGUUGAAGGAUUCCGAACGGGAAGCUAUCAAGGUGGCUCUACUGAAAUACGAUUCUGAGCGCCAACGGUUGGGAUUAGAAGGCAAACUGGCUGCAACACAAUGGCGUACACGGUUUGGCCGCCCCUCGCAGGUGCCUCGUCUUGGCGAUGUUGACCCCACAGGCCGAUUUUGUGCCUUUCCCGAGGAUUGGCUCAAACAAAAAGCGGCUGCUAAGGCUCCCGCUCCCACCAUGGCAGAUUUGCGUCGAAUUUGCGUAGUCAACGCUGUGCCAUUCAUCGCUUUCGGCUUCCUGGAUAAUUUCGUCAUGAUAGUUGCGGGCGACUCAAUCGAAAGCAUUUUUGGCGCUUUCAUGUGCAUAUCUACAAUGGCCGCAGCUGGUCUCGGCAAUACGGUGAGCGACAUACUUGGCAUUGGAUCGGCCUACUACGUGGAACGUGGUUGCGAAAUGAUGGGCUUCCGUUUACCGGACUUGACGCCAAUCCAAAUGGAAAUGAAAUCAAGUCGGCAUGCAGCAAAUUUGGGCCGCAUUGUCGGCAUAACAAUAGGUUGUCUUCUGGGCAUGAUGCCAUUAAUGUUUAUGAAAAAGAAGGAUAAAACUGAAAACGUGGCUGUGAACGAGGAUGCGAAUGUCAUUGUUGUGACUCCUGUUAAAUCUUAAGACAGUAAAUUUUGUAAUUAAAAAUCUUCUAUUAGCAAAUUGUUUCUAGUUAAAUUAUUUGUGCUGUACGCACAAAAUUUUAUUUUAUUUUUAUUACUCUUUUGUAAUGAAAAGGAAAUAAUUCGAUGUUUUCUUAAUCGUUAGUGUAACUUAAGAAACGUAAAAUGCGGAUUGCUUUACGAAGACUUUAAUUUUAAAGUACAUUCACAUAAGUGUGUAUAAGUCAUUGUGUAAUCAAAACGUUUUUCAUAUUUUGCAAUUUUUAAAUAUUUUAAUUAAGGACUAACUUUUUGUGUUUUUAAUACAUGCAAUUAUUUACACUUUUUAUUUAAUGUUGUAUGGUG